AUGUGUGUGUUGGGGGGUUUGGGGUGGGGGGGGUUGGGUGUUGGGUGGGGGGUGUUGAUGUGGGGUGUGUUUGGUUAUGGGGGGGGGGGGUGGGGGUGGGGGGGGGGGGUGGUGUUGGGUGGGGGUGGGGUGGGGGUUUUGUAUGGUUGGGUUGGUUGGGGGAGGAGGGGGGGGUUGGUUGAUGGAUUAUGUUUGGGUUGGGGGGGUUUUGAUGGUAUUGGGUGUAUUUUUUUGGGGAGGGGGUUUAUUGUUGGGGUUUGUGUAUUGGGUUUGUUUUGGGUUGGGGUUGUGGGGGGGGGGGGUUUGUUUGGUGGGGGUGGGGGGAUUGUAUGGGGGGGGGUUGUGUGUUUGUGGUUUGGUGUGUUUGGUGGUUUGGUUUGGGUUGGGGGGGUUGGGUGGGUUGGGGGUGGGUUGUGGUGGGUGUUGGUGUGUUGGGGGGGUGGUGGUGUGGGUUGGGGUGGUUGUGGUGGUUUUUUGGUUGUGGUGUGGUGGGGGGGGUUGUGUUGGGUUUUUUGGGGUGGGGGGGGGUUGGGGUGGGGGUGGUUGGGGGUGGGGGGUUGGUUGGGUGUGGGUGGGGGGGUGGGGUGGGGGGUGGGGUGUGGGGGGGGGGUGUGUGGGGUGUAUGGUUUUGGUGGGGGGGGUAGGUUGUGGGGUGGGUUUUGGGGUGUUUUUGGGGGGGGGGUGGGUGUGUGUUUUGGUGGGGUGUGUUUAGUGUGUUGGUUGUGGUUGGUGGGGUGGGUGUGGGGGGUUUGUGGUUUGUGUGGUUUGGGUGGGGUGUGUGGGGGGGGUGUGUGGGGGUGUGGGGGGUGGUUUGUUGGGGUUGGGGGGUUUGGGUGGGUGGUGGGGGGGGGUGGUUGGUGUGGUGGUUGUGUAGGUUUUGAGGUGGGGGGGUUGGUUGUGGUGGGGGUGUGGUGGGUUGGGGGGGGUUGGUGGGUGGUGUGUGGGGGUGGGUGUUGGGGUGGUUGGGUGGUUUGGUGUGGGGUGGUUUUUGUGGGGGGGGGGGGGGGUGGUGGGGUUUGGGUGUUGGGGGGGUGUUGUGGUGGUGUGGUUGGUGGUUGGGGGUUGGUGGGUGGGGGGGGGGGGGGGUUGUGGUUGUGGGUUUUUGUGGUUGGGUGGGGGGGGUGGUUUGGUGGGGGGUGUGUGUGUUGUGGUGGUGGGGUUGGGGGGUGUUGGGGGGGGUUGUGGUGGUGGGGGGUGGGUGUGGUGGGUGUGUUUUGUUGGGGGUAUGUUGGUGUUUGGGAUUGGGGUUGGGGGGAGGGGUUGGUGUGGGUUGGUGGGGGGGGGGGGUGGGGGGGGUGUUUGUUGGUGGUUUGGUGGGGGGGGUGUGUGGGGGUUGGGUGUGUUUUGUUGUUUUUAGGUUUGGGGUGUGUUUGUUGUUGUUGUGGUGGGUGGUGUUGGUGGUGUGUGGGGUGUAUGUGGGUUGUUAUGUUGUGGGGUGUUUUUGUUGUGUUGGGUGUUUUGGUGUGGGGGGGGGUUGUGGGGUGGUUGGGGGGGUGUUUGGGGGGGUGGGUGGGGGGGUUGUGGUUUUGUUGUUGGGUUGGGUUGGUUAGGGUUUGGGUGGUUGUGUGGGUUGGUUUGGUGGGGGGGGUGUUGUGGGGUGGUUUGGGGGGGGGGGGGUGGGGGGUUGGUGGGGGUGUUGGGGGGGGUGGGGGGUGGUGGGGUGGGUUGGUUGGUUGGUUUGGGUUUGGUUGUGGGGUUUGUUUUGGUGUUUGUGUGGGGGUGGUGUUUGUUUGGGUUGUGGGGGUGUGGUUGGGUGGGUUUGGUUUGGUGGUGGUUUGUUGGUGGGGGUGGUGGGUGUGUGGGUGGGGGGUUGGGUUUUGGUUGUGUUUAUGGUGUUGUGUGUUUGUUUUUGUGGUUGUUGUUUUGGGGUUUGUUGUAGGGUGUGUUGGGGGGGGGUUUGGGUUUUUUUGUAGUGGGUGGGUUGUUGUGUUGGUGUGUGUGUUGGGUUGGGGUGGUGGGGGGGGGAGGGGGUGGGGGGGGGGGGGGGUGGUUGGGGGGGGUUUUGGUUGGGUGUUGGGUGUGGGUUGGGGUUUUGGGGUGUGUGUAUGGGUUGGGGGGUUGUAUGGGGUGUGUUGGUGGUUGGGGAGGGGGUGGGGGGGGGGGUGGGGGGUGGGGUGGUGGGGGGGUGGGGGGUGUAGUGUGGGUGGUGUGGGGGUUGUUGUGUGUGUUGUGUUUUUUGUUUGUUGUGUUGUGGGGGUGGUGGGUGGUGUGGUGUGGGGGGGGGGGGUGUUUUGUUUGGGAUUUUUGUUUUGGGUGUGUGUGAUUUGGUUGGGGGGGGGUGUGUGGGUGGGGGGGAUUGGGGGUGGUUGUGUGGUUGGGUUGUGUGUGGGUGUGUUGUGUUUGGGUGUGUUGUGGGAUUGGUUGUUAUGUUGGUGGGUGUUGGUGGUGGUGGGUGUGUUUGGGUGGUGGGGGGUUGGGGGGGGUGUUGUGUUUGGGGGGGUUGGGGUGUGUGGGGUUGGUUGGUUUGGGUGUGUUGGGGGGGGGUGGGGGGGGGGGGGUGGGUGUUGGGGGUUGGGGGUGGGGGUUGGUGGAUGGGGGUUGGGGUUUUGGGGGUUGGGGGGUUGGGGGUUGGGGGUUGGGGGGUGGGGGUUGGGGGUUGGGGGGUUGGGGGUUAGGGGGGGGGGGUUGGGGGUUUGGGGGGGUUGGGGGUGGGGGGUUGGGGGGAUGGUGGUGGGGUUGGGGGUUGGGGGGUUGGGGGGUUGGGGGGGGGUUGGUGGGUGGGGGGGUUGGGGGGUUGGGGGUUGGGGGGGUUGGGGGUUUGGGGGUUGGGGGGUUUGGGGGUGGGGGGUAGGGGGUUUGGGGGGUUUGGGGUUGGGGUGUUGGGGUUUUGUGGUUGGUGUGUGGGUUUGGGUUUGUGUUGUGGUUUUGGUUGUUGGUUGUUGUUUGUGUGUGUGGGUGGGUUGUGUGGUGGUGGGGUUGUUGUUGUGGGUGUGUUUUGGGUGUUGUGUGUUGGGUGUGGGUGUGGGUUUGUGGGGGGGGGGGUUGUGGGGGUGGGGUGUGGUUUGUGGGUGGGUGGGGGGGGGGGGUGUGUGGGGGGGUGGGUUGGUGUGGGUGUGGGGGGUGGGUGUGUGGGUUGGUUUGUUUUGUGGUGGGGUUUGGUGUGGGGUUUGGUGGUGGGGUUUGGUGGUGGGGUUGGGGUGGUGGGGUUGGUGGUGGGUUUGGUGGUGGGGUUUGGUGGUGGGUUUGGUUGGGUGUUGGUGUGGGGUUUGGUGUGGUUUGGUGGUGGGUGGUGGUGGGUUUGGUGUGGGGGUUUUGGUGGUGGGGGUUGGUGUGGGGGGGGUUUGGUGGGGUGGUGUGGGGGGGUUGUGGGUGUGUGUGGGUGGGGUUUGUGGUGGGGGGGGGUGGGGUGGGGGGGGGGGGGGGGUGGUGGGGGGGUGGGUGUGGGUGGGGUGGGGGGUGGGGGUGUUUUGGGGUGGGUGGGGGUGGGGGUGGGGGGGUGGUGGGGGGGUGUGGUGUUGGGGUGUGUUGGGUGGUGUGUGGGUGGUGGUGGUGGGGGGGGGGUGUGGGGGGGGGUUGGGGUUGUGUGUGUGGGGGGUUGGUGUGUGGUGGUGUGGGGUAGUUUUUUGGGGUUUGGGGGGGGGGUUGGGUUGGGUGGGUGGGUGGGUUUGUGGGUUGGGGGGGGGUGGUUUUGGUGUUGGUUUGGGGUGGGUGGGGGGUGGUUGGUGGGGGGGGUUGGGUGGGGGGGGGUGUGUGGGGGGGGGGUUUGGUGGGUGUGGGUGGGGGUGUGGGGGGUGGGGUUGUGUUUUGGGGGGGGUUUGGGGUGGGGGGGUUUUGGGGGGUUGGGGUGUUGGUUGGGGGGGUUGGUGGGGGGUGGUGGGGGGGGGGGGGGGGGUGUUUGGGGGUGGGGGGGUGGGGGGGGGUGGGGUUGGGGGGUUGGGGUGGGGGGGGGGGGGGUGGGGUGGUGGGGGGGGGUGGGGGGUUGGGGGUUGUGGGUGGGUGUUGGGUUGUGGUGGGGUGGUGGUGUGGGGUGUGGGGUGGGGGGGUGUUGGUGUGUGUGGUUGGGUUUUGGGGUGGUGUGGGGGUUGGUGGUUUGUUUUUGGGGUUGGGGGGGGGGGGGGGGUUGGUGUUGUUGGGGGUGGGUUGGUUGGGUGGGUGUGUGGUGUGUUGGGUGUGGUUUUGUUUGGGGGGGUGGGGGGGGGGGGGGGGGGGUUUGUUGGGUGGGGGGGGGUUUUGGGUGUUGGGUGUUGUGGGUGUGGGGGGUGGGGGGGGGGGGGGGGGGGGGGGGGGGGGUGGGUGGUGGUGGGGUGUGGGUUGGGUGGGGGGGGGGGGUUGGGGGGUGGGGGGGGGUGUGGUGGGUGUGGGGGUUGGGGGGGGUUUUUGGGUGGGUGUUGGUGUGGUUGGGGGUGGGGUGGGGGGGUUGGGGGUUGGGGUGGGUGGGGGGGGGUGUUGGGGUGGGUUUGGGGGGGUUUUUGUGGGUGUGGGUGGGGGGGGGUUGGGGGUUGGGUGGGGAGGACCACAGAGGACCAGAGACCACAGAGGACCACAGACACAGAGGAUCACACAGGACCACAGACACAGAGGACCACAGAGGACCACAGACACAGAGGAUCACACAGGACCACAGACACAGAGGACCACAGAGGACCACAGACACAGAGGACCACAGACACAGAGGAUCACACAGGACCACAGACACAGAGGACCACAGACACAGAGGAUCACACAGGACCACAGACACAGAGGACCACAGAGGACCACAGACACAGAGGAUCACACAGGACCACAGACACAGAGGACCACAGACAGGACCACAGACACAGAGGAUCACAGAGGACCACAGACACAGAGGACCACAGACAGGACCACAGACACAGAGGACCACAGACAGAGGACCACAGACACAGAGGAUCACAGAGGACCACAGACACAGAGGAACACAGACAGGACCACAGACACAGAGGACCACAGAGGACCACAGACACAGAGGACCACAGACACAGAGGAUCACAGAGGACCACAGACACAGAGGACCACAGACACAGAGGACCACAGAGGACCACAGACACAGAGGAUCACAGAGGACCACAGACACAGAGGACCACAGACAGGACCACAGACACAGAGGACCACAGACAGGACCACAGACACAGAGGAUCACAGAGGACCACAGACACAGAGGACCACAGACAGGACCACAGAGACAGAGGACCACAGACACAGAGGACCACAGAGGACCACAGACACAGAGGACCACAGGGGACCACAGACACAGAGCACCACAGACAGAGGACCACAAACAUAGAGGACCACAGAGGACCACAGACACAGAGGAUCACAGACAGAGGACCACAAACACAGAGGACCACAGAGGACCACAGACAGAGUACCACAGACACAGAGGAUCACAGAGGACCACAGACACAGAGGACCACAGACAGGAACACAGACACAGAGGACCACAGACAGGACCACAGACACAGAGGAUCACAGAGGACCUCAGACACAGAGGAUCACAGAGGACCACAGACACAGAGGACCACAGACACAGAGGAUCACAGAGGAUCACAGACACAGAGGAUCACAGAGGACCACAGACACAGAGGACCACAGACAGGACCACAGACACAGAGGACCACAGACAGGACCACAGACACAGAGGACCACAGACAGGACCACAGACACAGAGGAUCACAGAGGACCUCAGACACAGAGGAUCACAGAGGACCACAGACACAGAGGACCACAGACACAGAGGACCACAGUCAGAGGACCACAGACAGGACCACAGACACAGAGGACAGAUUUAGAGUUUUUAAAUAUGGAAUCUCUCUUUUGUCUCCGGCUUCAUCUGCUGAACACGACACCACAGAUAUUUAUAACCUUUGA